AGCUGAUUGCCGCUUGUGUUUUUCGGAUGUGAUGAUGGCAAUAAAGGACCCUGCGGACCGUUUUUUUUUUCACCAGACGAUCUUUUGGGUACACUGCUGGAAUAGAGAUGACCUCUGACGGCUAGACGAGCACAGUUUUCCUUGACUGAUUUUUACUUUUUAGAUAUUGAAGAGACUUUCAUAACAAACUCUUCACAUUUUAAAUAGCUGAGGCACCUUUUUUGGCUGUAAUUGUUUACAAGGCCUUGGGCCUCAUUGGUCUAAAAGCAAUGGUACUUAUUCUGGGCAGAAGACUGAACCGGGAGGACUCUGGAGUCCGUGAGUCCCCAGCAGUCAAGCGAAAGGUUCUGGAGAUGGACAACAAGUCCCUCAGCAAUCACGAUGUGUUUGAUUUCUCCUCCGGCCCGUGCCACUCUGAGAGCAUUCUGCAGAUGUUUAAUGAGUUCCGUGACGGCCGACUCUUCACAGACGUGGUGAUCAGUGUGGAGGGUCGUGAGUUCCCGUGCCACCGUGCCGUGUUGUCAGCUUGCAGUAGCUACUUCCGUGCAAUGUUCUGUAAUGACCACCGGGAGAGCCGUGAGAUGUUAGUGGAGAUCAACGGCAUUCGUGCUGAAGCCAUGGACACCUUCCUGCAGUACGUCUACACCGGACGUGCCCGCAUCACUACAGAUAACGUUCAGUUCCUCUUCGAGACCUCCAGCCUCUUCCAGAUCGGCACUCUACGUGAUGCCUGUGCCAAGUUCUUGGAAGACCAACUUGAUCCCUGCAACUGCCUGGGCAUCCAGCGUUUCGCCGACGCACACUCUCUCAAGCAACUGGCCAGCCGCUGUCGCUCUUACGCGCUGCAGAGCUUUACCGAUGUGGCCCAGCAUGAAGAAUUCUUGGACUUGCGUAAAGAGGAACUGGAGGAGUACAUUGCUAGUGACGAGCUAGUCAUUGGAAAGGAGGAGACAGUGUUUGAGGCAGUGAUGCGUUGGGUUUACAACGACAUGGACCACCGCCGAAUCAUGCUUCGAGACCUUCUCACCCAUGUCCGCCUGCCCCUGCUGCAUCCGAAUUAUUUCGUGCAGACGGUAGAAGGUGACCAGUUGAUCCAAAAUGCACCAGAGUGCUACCAGCUUCUGCAUGAGGCAAGACGCUAUCAUGUCUUGGGCAAUGAGAUGAUGUCACCCAGAACACGUCCACGCAGGUCUACUGGAUUCUCAGAAGUCAUUGUGGUAGUCGGAGGGUGCGAGAGGAUGGGGGGUUUCAACCUGCCGUAUACCGAAUGCUAUGAUCCUGUAACCGGGGAAUGGAAAUCCUUAGCCAAACUCCCAGAGUUCACCAAGUCAGAAUAUGCUGUGUGUGCCCUCAGGAAUGACAUUCUGGUCUCAGGUAAACAUGGAUAUUUGUAAUAACAUUUCAUGAAU